UUUCUCAGUGGUUAUAUCAUACCACAAUCCAGGCAGUCUUGUCACUGUGCCUAUAUCUUCUUGGAGACCUUGAGGGGGGACAGAGGUGGGGGUCAGGGGUAAGCUGUUAGGCUUUUAGAGUCUCUGUAAUGAUAAGUUUAAACAUUUAAUGUUACAUUUAGCAGAUUUCUGACAAGCUUGAGAACAGUAUCUUUUAUAUCUGAGUUAGACAACCUGUGUUUGUUUAAUUACUUGUUCGCGAAUAUGUCUAGCAAAUAAAGAGAGAACAUUGUAACUUAAUGACAGUAACAAAAACAAAGCUAAACAUAUAUUUAAGGCAUUUAAGAAAUCAUUACUUACCAAGGCAGGAUAAAAUAAAAACCUUAUUUUAAUUGCUAAGUGACUUUGACAGACUGUACUCCUAAAGGCAUCGACCUAGGGACUGCCCAUAACAAAGAUGGCGGAUGGUCCUGGGCCUGUCCUUAAUUAAGAAGGCGCUGAAAUGGCAGCCAGCCACGUGACCACCCUUAGCUAAGAUGGCAUAUAAGUUACAGCCCUGCCUGGAGGAAAGUCAUAUAACAGCAGAAACAUGGCAGAGACAAACAUUCAGACCAAUACAAGAGGAGCAGUGGGGUGGGGGGUGGGGGGUGGGGAGCGCUCGGUGUGAGCUGGAAGCAAGCUGGUGUGGGGCAAGAGCUAGUUCCUCAGGUGGGAGAGCAAGUGCGCUCGAGGUGGCCUCUCUCGCCUGUGCCAGGAGCGAGAGAGAAUGUGGAGAGCUGAGGAUAGUCAGGUACCCAGAGCAAGAGAGUGAGGGGCAGCUUGGCAGAGAAGAGUCCUGGGCAGAGCGUGAGAGCACAGGGGGCGAGGCGUAUGGCCUCGAGAACUCAGCAGUGGCAGAAUCAAGGGGGUGGGGAACCAAGAGCAAGAGCAAGUGGCGAGACAAUGAGCGGGGAGGGCCUGGAUUGCUGGGAGUGGUAAAAGUGCCUUUAAGCAGCCAUGUAGACUUAUUGGUUGGUGGGUAUAGGGGCCAAGUUUAGCCUGUGAAUUAGACUGGAGGUGUCCGUAGGGACACAGCUGCGAGGAUCUUCCCUUGGGUGAGGGACAUUAUUAAAAUAUUCCUACCGGCAUCCCAAGAACAAAUAAUAACAAGGCAAGCGGCCAAGACUAUCUAGGCUUGCCUCUUUCUUUUCUGUCACCGCCAUGCCAUCCAGACUGAGGAAGACCCGGAAACUCCGGGGCCACGUGAGCCACGGCCACGGUCGCAUCGGUAAGCACCGCAAGCACCCAGGAGGCCGCGGGAAUGCUGGAGGCCUGCAUCACCACAGGAUCAACUUUGACAAAUAUCAUCCAGGUUACUUCGUUAAAGUUGGCAUGAGGCAGUGCCACUUGAAGAGGAACCAGAGCUUCUGCCCAACUGUCAACCUGGAUAAAUUAUGGACGUUGGUCAGCGAGCAGACACGGGUCAAUGCAGCAAAAAACAAGACUGGAGUUGCUCCCAUCAUUGACGUUGUUCGAUCAGGCUACUACAAAGUUCUGGGGAAGGGGAAGCUCCCUAAGCAACCUGUCAUCGUGAAGGCCAAGUUCUUCAGCAGAAGAGCUGAAGAGAAGAUAAAGGGUGUGGGAGGUGCCUGUUCUGGUGGCUUAAAGCCACUUCAGAGGUUAAUUAAAUGCAAACAUUAAAAAAAAAAAAAAAAA